GUGUGCUCUUCUGAUGCAGCGGGGUGCAUGGAGGAGGAGGAGGAGGAGGAGGUGAAAGACAGGAAGGCGGAGAGCAGAAUGAGCGGCUCGGUAAAGGGGAAGGAUUAUGGUGGCCUGCCAGCCUGCCCACCGACGAUGGUUUAGGUCGUUUGAGAGCAGGAUGCGCAGAGAAAGCGACAGAGGCCUCGGGUUUGUUGAUACGCGGACCUCGGAGGGACAAACGGCGGACACCUUUUAAUUUCCCCGACUUAUUCUCGACUAGAAUUAGCGUUAACACCGAGGGUUGCCAGGUUUUAUUCUAAGGGUGUGUGUGUUUUUUAUGUCUUCGCGAUUGAAGAUAUUUUAAACUCGGUUUCCUCUCAGGUUGUACAUGUUUUGGACGCGGUUUAACUAAAAGGCUAAAUAGAUAUCCGUGGUUCAACUGCCAUCAUGGUUGCAACCGUCAUUUUCACAUCAUCACCACCUGAUGUCGUCUCCAGUGCUGCUGCGGCCGGGAUGUCACACUGAGCGGAGCCUUGUGCGGUGAAAGCUAAGAGAGAGAGCGAGAGAGAAAAAAUACAACUUUAUUGUGUUUCAUCAUGGAGGCUGUGUCGUCACUCCCUCACUGGGCGACGGGUCUAUUUAUAUGGACGACUUUGUGUCUGCUCAGCAACGGUCAAAUCGCACCGGACGCCUCGGGCCUGCCUCUCUCCAUCCGCGUGCCACUGCGUCAGGGCGCUCGCGCCGAGCCGCCACCGCCUCUGUCACCUGCCGCUGCCGCCGCCGGGCCCCGCGAGCGCGUCGCCUCCGGGAGGUUCGCGCGCAAGCGGAGAGGAGCGGCGGCGAGCGGCAUCAGCUUCGUGGAAAUGAUUGACAACCUGCGUGGGAAGUCGGGUCAGGGCUACUACGUGGAGAUGGCCGUGGGCUCUCCCCCGCAAAAGUUGAACAUCCUGGUGGAUACGGGAAGCAGUAACUUUGCCGUCGGGGCGGCCGCUCAUCCCUUCCUGCGCAGAUACUACCACCGUUCACUCUCCAGCUCGUACCGGGACCUCGGCAGGAGUGUGUAUGUUCCCUACACCCAGGGUCGCUGGGAGGGCGAGCUGGGCACCGACCUGGUCUCUGUUCCACAUGGCCCCAAUGCCACGCUGCGCGCCAACAUCGCCGCCAUCACUCAGUCAGAUCGCUUCUUCAUCAAUGGAUCCAACUGGGAGGGAAUCCUGGGGCUGGCAUACGCCGAGAUUGCCAGGCCUGAUGAGACAUUGGAGCCUUUCUUUGACUCUCUGGUUCGCCAGACUCCAGUCCCCAACCUCUUCUCUCUUCAGUUGUGUGGAGCCGGCUUCACUCAGAACUACUCCCUGGGCAGCGCUACUGUCGGUGGCAGCAUGAUCAUUGGAGGAGUGGACCCAUCACUCUAUGUAGGAGAACUUUGGUACACGCCCAUCCGCAGGGAGUGGUACUAUGAGGUUAUUAUCGUUCGCAUUGAGGUGAAUGGACAGGACCUCAAUAUGGACUGCAAAGAGUACAACUAUGAUAAGAGCAUCGUGGACAGCGGCACCACCAACCUGCGAUUGCCUCGAAAAGUCUUCCAGGCUGCUGUUAAGGCCAUUGAAGCUGCAUCUUCAACGGAGCAGUUUCCCUCGGGGUUCUGGCUGGGGGAGCAGCUGGUGUGCUGGCAGGCUGGUACCACACCCUGGCACAUCUUCCCUGUCAUCUCCCUGUAUCUGAUGAGUGAGAACCGCAACCAGUCCUUCAGAAUCUCCAUCCUCCCUCAGCAAUACCUUCGGCCGGUAGAGGACGUGGCCUCGGCCCAGGAGGACUGCUAUAAGUUUGCUGUGUCCCAGUCGAGCACCGCAGUCAUGGGAGCCGUCAUCAUGGAAGGCUUCUACGUGGUUUUUGACCGGGAGAAGAAACGCAUCGGCUUUGCUGUUAGCACGUGCCACGUGCACGAUGAGUUUCGCACGGCAUCGGUGGAGGGUCCGUUCCACGGCAUCGACCUGGAGGACUGCGGCUACAACAUCCCCCAGACGGACGAGUCUACGCUCAUGACCAUUGCCUACAUCAUGGCGGGCAUCUGCGCCCUCUUCAUGCUGCCGCUGUGUCUCAUGGUGUGCCAGUGGCGCUUCGCUCGCUGCCUCCGCCCCCACGGGGACUUUGCUGAUGACAUAUCCCUCCUCAAGUGAGGGGCGAGAGGAGACGCACUGGGUUUUAAACUUGAAACACGGGGAAAGAGAUCGAUAAUGGUUAAAAUUACUAGUGGAUAUGCAGUGUCACAAGCUAUUGGUGCUGUUGAAAGAGAGCUUCAAAAACUCUUUUCAGGAAUAUGAUAUAUAAAUUAAGUGCAGAAUUACCGUGAGCCAAGAUGCUCUCAGAUGGGAGAACAUGGGUGGAUAACUAGAGCCAUUACUGACAUACAUGACAAAGAAGAGAAAGUGGGUGUCAUUAGAGUCAGCCAUGCCUGUACAAGCAACCUAUUCAGAGCAGCAUGGAGAUAUAGCGAGCAGAGUAACGGGGGAAAAAAAAGAAAUGUGCUAUUGUAAUAUUAUAUAAUGUAAUAUUAUGGAACUUGACCUUGGAUUUUCAGAUUGAAAAUAUGGUAAAAUGCAGAAAUUGAUGAGCUGGGCGGGAAUUCAUCCUGUAUUCUGAUGUGGAUUGCUUUGUUGAGGCAUGAUGUAAGACAUAAUAGAUGUAUGAGGUGAAUAUAUGAGUGUGUGUGUUUGUGUGUGUGUGUGUGUGUGUGUGUGUGUGUGUGGUAGGUUGUGUGUGGCUAUAGAUGUACGUAGUUGUGGGAGUGAAUGAUAUGAGGUUUGAAAUGUGUGUGUGUGUGUGUGCAUGCAUGCCUAUAAGUGUGCACAGCUGUACUGUAAGUGAAGACUAUACACAGACAGAUUUCAUUGAGAAGGAAGAUGGUAAUAACCGAGUAUUUGAAAAAAAAAUUACACUAUUUUGCAUAAUGCCAGCAAAGACUUCUCCAGUGCAAAUCAAGUAAGCAUACAGACUAAUUUGGUCAGAGAUCAGAGAUUAACAGCAUUUAUGAUCAUUUUAGUUUUACUCGAUGUAAAACUGAGACCACUGAAUAUCAGAUGUCACUUUUUCUUCUUAUAAUGAUAGCAUAAAUGUAUCUAUUGUACAUAGAGUUUGUGCAUUUCAGAUCUGUAUGCACAAAUUUGCACACACACACAGACACACACACAAACACGUUGCUUAUCCUCGCCAACUACUGCUGCACCAUCUGAUGAUUUGCACACGUAACAACACAUUUCAUGGAUAUGAACCGAGACUUUACAGGGCUUCACUCACAGACAUAGAAGCAGCCUAACUCAUUGCAUCUCUCAAUGGGGACCAUCUGUAUGCUAGGACAAGGAAACCAGCCCAAAAAUAUGUUGUACAGAAACAAACACAAUGCAAGACGAUGACGAACAGUUUCUACUGUCUCUCAGCAAGCUGUAAAUACAUGAACUGUAUAUUAACCUGUCAAGCGCUGGCUGGCAGCACUGCUGAACCAAUAAAGUACCUAUUGUAACUGUAA